GUGGCAGCAACAAUGUGGCAGGCACAGAGUUGGCUGCAUAGUUCACAGGUUUCACGUUGUGGUUGCACCAGGAACUAAACUGGAAAGUGGUCCAGCAACUCUCCACUUCUGCAAUGAUAUUUUGGUACUAGUAAAAGACAACCCACCUACUAUCAUGGGGCAGUGGAAACUCUCAGAUCUUCGACGCUAUGGAGCUGUUCCUAAUGGAUUUGUCUUUGAAGGUGGAACUCGAUGUGGCUUCUGGGCUGGUGUCUUUUUCCUCUCUUGCAUGGAAGGAGAGAAGAUCAGCUUUCUCUUUGACUGCAUUGUUCAUGGCAUUUCUCCAAUGAAAGGCUCUUUUGGCUUACGUCCUGUUCUACCAGAUCCCAGUGCAAAUCCUGCAUGCAUGGAAGAGAGAGUGGCCCAUGAAGCUUUGCAGUUAGAAAAGCGCCUCAGCCUUCUAUCCCAUGAAAGUUACCAUGGCAGUGGAGGUGAAGACAGAAGUUUAUCAAGUUCAUCUUCAGACACAAGUCGUUCUGAUGCUAGCAUUGGGAGCAGAUUGACUAUUUGGCCUGAUCAGGCUUCAACUAGUACUUCUCAAGAGAGUCAUGGACUGCCUGCAGUAAAAUGCAGUCACCUUGGGGAAGAAAAAGUCCAUUCAGAAGUUGUCCGCAGUGUCACCAAGCCACCUUCUAAACUGCUUCGCUCUAGACAGCUACAAGAAAUAGGUCGCCAAAGUUCUUCUGAUAGUGGGAUAGCUACUGGGAGUCACUCGUCUUACUCUGGAAGUUUCUCCUCCUAUGCUGGGAGCCUGGACAUUUGCCAUGGUGAUGAAUUUGGGUCACUAUUGAGCCUGCCACUGAAUCUUUCCUCAGACCAGAAUGUGUGCACUUGCCCACCUAGUGAGCAUCAGAGGAACCCUGGCUUGGAGUACCAGGUUCCCAGCUCCCUUAGGCAUGCUUAUGACACACCCAGGAGUUUGUUACAGAUAUCUGCUAAAGAUGCACAAUGUCCCAACUCCUCCCAAUCAAAGGACCAGAUACAACAAGGAAUUGGCGACCUGAAUCUUCUGGUACCCCAUCUGGAAGCACAAGCUACUCCUGAAUACAGUGGAGAAAAGGGCACUCAGGAACCCUUUCUCAUAGAAAAUACAAAAGACUCAUUCCCUGAAGAAAGCAUGGAUUUCAUUUCAAAGUGGCCACAUCUAACACAGCAAGGACAGGUGUUAGACUCUAGAAGUACUGAGGUGACCCCAGUUGCUGGGGUCUCUAGCAGCACUUGUGAAAUAUGCUGCUCCCCACCGGGGACAACACGAGCUGUCUUUUCAUCUUGCCCAGUUUGUGGUGGGCUAAAGGAAACACCAAUUUUAUCUCCUGGGGUAUUACCAGCUAACUCAGGACCUAAAGGAUGCUAUGAAUUGAUGAUGCCACCUUCAGAAUCUGGCUCUCUUCCUGAUCCUGAAGAAGUUGGAGCAGUAGGUUAUCCAGCAGAUCUGUCCAUUUCUGAUCGACUGCGCAGUGAGAUGACUAACUAUGUUAAUAUUCCUACUAGCCCUACAUCAAAGAAACAGCUUCAUUACAUGGAACUGGAACUCCAAGAACCUGGUACAAACAUAAGAGGGAGUGAAUCAACCAAGUAUGCACAGAUUGAUAUUACAGCAACAGAGACAGCCCAUAAAGUGGGGACACAACAUGCACAGUUUAGAGAAGAACGACUGCAAGAGCUUGAACAGAAGAAGAAAGGCAGCCAGACAUCUUAUUCAUAGAAGAAACUAAAUUGCUAACCUUAACACAGUAGCACUUAUUAAUGUUUAAUGAUUUUACUAAACACUGCCAUUGUUUUCAGAAUUAUACAGAUUCAUUCCAAUUUAUUGAUUUCCAGUUUGAAAACUGGUAGCAUGGUGUGGGUGUGUGAUGAUUAUAAAAAAUACUGGUUGUAAACAUGUUUAAUAGAUCACAUAUGUUGUAUUUUUCAUAUCUUACUAAAUCAUGUAUCAAAUGUACAUGAUUUUUAAACUGAGGCAUUUAAUUUAAAGAAAUUUGAAUAAGAUGUAAAUGUAGCUAAGUAUACAAAAGUUUUGCUUUAUACAUCUUGUGUUCUGACAUAAUACCUUGCUUUGUUAAGAGAUAAGGUGGCUUUUCAUGUCAUUUUUUUCAAAAGUGAAAGCUAUUUUUACUACUAUUAUUUUUAUUUAUACCCCAUCUUUUCAGACAAGUGGGACUCAAGGCAUUUUACUACCAUAUUUUCUGGCGUAUAAGACGACU